GCUCUGUUAUUCUGUUUUGUUUUCAGUAAGAGAAGAUAUAACAAGAUCAUCAGAGUUGAGAACUCAUCUAAUUCCUUAAUGGCUUGUUGUUUAUACCCUUUGAUUUUGAUGGGGUUUUUCUCUGUUAGCUGUGAAGUAUCUCAGCCUGUAGAUGGGAUGUGCACUGAGGUCACAGCCAACAAAAAUUAUAGUUGUGAAGGGUUAGGACUGACAGAGAUUCCUGAAACGCUUCCAGCCACGACAGAAAAUCUUGACUUCAGCUUUAACUUGCUUUCUUCCCUUCAGAAUACAACGUUCAACAUGCUAAAGUAUCUGGAAUAUUUAGAUUUAACAAGGUGUCAAAUCAACUGGGUGUAUGAAGGUGCCUUUCAGAGCAAUACCCGACUAAACACAAUUGUAUUGACUGGAAAUCUACUCAUGUUUCUGUCUGAUGCUGCAUUUGUUGGCCCCAAGUCUCUGAAGCAUCUCAUCUUAACGCAGACAGGUCUCAGCACCUUAUCUUUUAUUCCAAUGAAGAAUCUGCAUAAUUUAGAGACUUUUACCUUGGGCAGCAAUCACAUCUCCUCACUGCAACUUCCUUUGAAUUUUCCAACCAGAAACCUCAAACACCUUGAUUUUCAAAUGAAUAACAUUAAAAGAAUAAUGACAAAAGAUGUAGCCAUCCUGCAGCAAUCCCAUAACUUAACUCUCAUCCUGAAAGGCAAUGAGAUGACAUACAUUGAAGAUGGGGCUUUCCAGUCCACAUUCUUCUACAGUGUGGACUUUGGAGGUUGCAUUGACAUCUCUGUAGUAUUAUCAGGUAUGCAGGGUUCCCAAACCCACAUUCUUAAGCUGGAGACAUUUAAAGAUGUAGAGGAUGGGCUUCCCAUAAGUCCGGCCAUGCUACAAGGCCUGUGUAAUAUUUCUGUGAAGGAUGUCAACCUACAGAAACGACACUUCCAAUAUCUGAGUUCUACCACAUUUCAAUGUCUGACCAAACUCCAAAGCCUGGAUCUAACUUACACCUACCUCAUGGCAUUACCUCCUAACAUGACUGUCAUGAACACACUGAAGGAAUUAAUCCUUAGUAAGAAUUCUUUUCAGCAUAUUUGCAACAUUAGUUCUGCUACCUUCCCUUCCCUUACCCAUCUUUAUAUUAAAAAAAAUUCUGUGAGACUGGACUUUGGCUCUGGCUGUUUGGAAAAUCUGUCAAAGCUUCAACACCUAGAUUUAAGCAACAGUUAUAUAGCAAGCAUAGACUGUUGCAGCCAACAUCUGAAAGGCCUGAGCAGAUUACAGCACCUGAAUCUGAGCUACAAUGAGAAGCCAUCUCAAAAUAUACCCUUUCAGGAAUGUGGUAACCUAGAACUCCUGGAUUUAGCUUUUACACUUCUUCAUAUAGAUACUCCCUCUGGACCUUUCCAAAAUCUGCAUCACUUGCGUGUCCUGAACCUCUCUUACUCCUCUGUUAAUACAAGCAUUCAGGGCCUCUUACAGGGACUGAAAAACCUUGUCCAGUUGAACCUUAGUGGAAAUAAGUUUGAGUCAGGGAGCAUUCUGAAUGGCAACCUGUUUCAGCAGGCACCCAGUUUAGAGGUGUUAAUUUUAUCAUCCUGUGAACUGACAGCUAUACAAGACAAAGCAUUUCACACCCUCAGGAAACUAAAGCAUGCUGAUCUGAGCUACAACAAACUUACUACAUUCAACACAGAAGCAUUUUUCAAUCUCAAGAGCCUGUAUCUCAAUUUUGCUAAUAACAAGAUUCAUAUCAUACCACGUGAUAUGUUAACUAUCCUAUCUGGCCAGAGCAUAAUCAAUUUAAGUUACAAUCCACUAGAAUGCACCUGCUCUAAUAUUGACUUAUUAACUUGGUACAAGCAGAAUAUGGAUAAAAUUGAAGACCCCAAAGGAACAGUGUGUUCUGAACCAGCAUCUCUAGCAGGUGUUCAGCUGUCCACUGUUACACUGUCCUGUGGGAUCAGCAUUACAGAAGUAGUUUUGAUUGUGAUGUUCUUGAUAUUGAUUGUUGUUAUACUUGUGAUUUUGAGGGCAUGCAUUUUAAAGAGAAAAUACCAGCAAAUGUAAACUUGCAAGGGAUUGGUGACAGUAAUAUUCCACACAAAAGAGAAGAUAUAAAGGCAGGUUAUGAAGAAAGGACCAUUUUUCUACUUGUUAUUUUGAAUCUGGACUGUAAUUCUCUUGACAUUAGUAUUACAUACUUCUCAUUACAAUUUUUAGGAACUAAUUACUACAAUUUUUUAGGAUGAAUUACUACUUAUUAGUCUCCUAACAUAGGGGUAGCUCCUAUAAAGACUUAUGCACAUAAGUAAAUAACUUUAAUUGCCCAUAUAGUCCUCACUGUAGUAGGCAAACUGAGUUGUGCUAAGGCUCUUAGCAUAAGUUUAGGCCUUCCCAGAACUAAGCAAUAAAAAUGUACAGAGUGCUGUAUAAGGCAGUGGAAAAAGUGACUGCUGU